CACCCGCCUCGGUGGAUUCCGGAAUCCACCGAAGCCAUGCCUUCCUCAGCAUGGGUUGUGGUCUACCUGAGUUUUGGAAUAGGCAGAUUAGUAAGGUGUCAGGUGAAUCUUCUGAAUGGUUUAGAUGACAUAGACAAAAUAGGGUAGGCUCCACGCACAAUCUGGAAGUUUUUAAUGGUGGGCCUUCCCAUUACAAAAGUACCUAUGGUGUGGCCCACCUGAGUUUUGGAUCAGCCUGAUGUUUGGCAUCCAAGGAUAACACGAGGGGGUGUAGAUGAUAGACAGAUUGGAUGCCAUCCACACAUCACAAUGGGGCCCACAAAUCGUUUUGUAAGUUUAUCUACAAAGCUUUGUACUGGGUCUAAGUUACCUGAUGAAUUGAAAAGUAAGUAUGCAUACAUGUGCGGUCUUUUUUUUCUUUUAGCAUAUUUACUACAAGUAUAUGCUAUAUCCAUCAAAGCUAUGUUGCCAAACUUCUUUUAAUUGGGUGGUGUAGCAUUUGGAGCCUUCUCUUAUAUUGCGGUGACAAGUAAGGAGCUUCCUUUGAGUUGGUGCUAUUAUAACUCAGUCUUCAGUUUUCACUGGGACAAGCAAUUGCUAAGAAAAGAUAAGGUUUUUCUUUUCUGUUGUUGAGCAAUUGUUGCUGCUCCACGGAUUAUCCCUUUCAUCCAUCCAAAAGAUACAAUGGCUGCAAUCUUGGCAAUCUUGGGGAUCGUGGUUACACCGGUUACAGAAGCCGGAAAAGCUUUAGUGGCUACCAUAAAGCGCCAGGCCAGUUAUCUCCUUUGCUAUAGAAGUAAUGUCGAUGAUCUUAGCAAAGAAGUUGAAAACUUGGCAAGGACAAGAAAUGACGUACAGGGAAUGGUGGCUGCAGAUCGUCGGAAUGGGCAAGUGAUCACUGACGAUAUUCAGAAAUGGUUAGAAAAGGUAGAAGUUGUCAAAGAAGAUGCAAAGAGUUUGAAUGGUCAAGUUAAAGAGAGCAUAGGCUGUUUCAACUUGCGCUCACGUUACCGUCUAGGUAAAGAAGCAAAAAAGAAGAUGGAUGAUGUUCGUAGUCUCCAAACAGAGGCGAAAUCUAGUAUUGUAUCAUACACUCCGAAGCCUCCUACCAUGGAAUCCUUGCCUGUUAGGGACUUUAUGCCUCUUGAAUCCACAGAAUUUUCUAUGAAUCAAGUCAUGGAUGCACUAAAGGAUGACAACAUCAACAUGAUUGGGGUUUAUGGCAUGGGGGGUGUGGGCAAGACAACCUUGAUGAAACAAGUGGCCAAAAGGGUGGAAAGUGAAGGACUUUUUCAAAAGGCGAUCAUAGUCCAGAAACCUAAAUUGAAGAAGAUUCAACGCGAGAUUGCAGAACAAUUGGGACUGAAACUCAAGGAAGAGAGUCAAGUAGUAAGAGCAGGGAAGUUGCUGGAGAGAUGGAAGCAAGAGCUGUCGAAUAACAAGAAGAUCCUUUUAAUUUUCGAUAAUCUAUGGGAAAGGUUGGAGCUAGACGAUGUAGGGAUCCCUUUGGAAUGGAAUGAUAGUGGUUGUAAGAUUGCAUUUACUACACGAAGUGAGGAAGUAUGCGGUGACAUGAAGAGCCAGGCAAAGAUCCUAGUCAAUGUAUUAUCGAAAGAAGAUGCAUGGGAUCUAUUCAAAGAAAAGGCGGGUGAUGCUGUUGAGUCUCCUGAAUUGCAUGCUGUGGCAAGAAAAGUUGUUGAGGAAUGUGGGUGCUUGCCUCUAGCGAUAGUCACAGUAGGAAUGGCAUUAUAUGAGAAGGAUAAAAAAGUAUGGGAUGAUGCACUAAUACAAUUACAAAGCUCUAAUCCUACAAAUAUCAAGGGUAUGGAUAAAAAGGUGUUCUCUUCUUUGGAGAUGAGUUACAAUUACUUAGAAAGUAAGGAGGCCCAGUUGUGCUUCUUGUUUUGCUGUUUAUUUCCAAAAGGUUAUUCUGUUUCUGAGAAUGAGAUGAGAAUAUAUGGAACUGGGGAAGAUCUUUUCAAGGAUGUUAAUACAUUGGAGGAAGCAUCAUGUAGAGUUCACAUCUUGUUUGACAAACUUAAGGCUUCUUGCUUGUUGUUAGAGGGAGAUAGACUAAAUUCAGUAAAAAUGCAUGAUGUCGUCCGAGAUGUAGCCUUAUCAAUAGCAUCAAGAUCUGAACAUGGGUUUUGGGUAAAGGCCAAUGUAGGUUUGAAAGAGUGGCCAGAGAUUGGAAAUGUCCAGGAAUGUAAGAGAAUUUCAUUAACAGACAAUGAAAUUAGUAUACUUCCUGAUCAAAUUGAUUGUCCUUGGCUCCUAACCUUGCUUUUGACAAUGAAUCGUUCUUUGAAAGAGAUUCCGAACGAUUUCUUUCAAUGGAUGAAUUCCCUUAAGGUUUUGGAUCUAUGUGACAUUGGUAUCUCAAAAUUGCCCCCAUCAGUGGAGGGCCUAAAAACCCUGCGGACGCUGCGAUUAGAUGGAUGUCGAAGGUUAAAGGACGUAACUCUCAUUGGUGGAUUGAAGAAGCUAGAAAUACUUUGUCUACAAAAAACUGGCAUCCAUGAACUGACGGAAAAAAUGGGUGAGUUAGAAAAUCUAAAGCUCUUGGAUUUGAGGGAUACUUCUCUUCAAAUGAUAGCACCGAAUGUUAUAUCAAAGAUGACUCGUUUAGAGGAAUUGCACAUGGGCAAUAGCUUUAGUAAGUGGGAAGUUUUGGGAAAUGGAGAUGCAAGACAAGCUAGCUUAAUUGAAGUGGCAUCCUUGUCUCGGCUGACCGUUUUAUACAUCCAUGUGGAAAAUGUCGAAUGCUUGGCUCAGGACAUCCCUGGUCCAUGGAAAAACCUGAAGAAAUUCUGCAUAUGUGUGGGUAGAGAUUACACAAACAGCAAAGCAGCAAGGAGUAUAAAAAUCGAGACUUCACCAAGUUCAAUUGGAAAUUGGGUUGUGGUACUGUUUAAGAGAACAAACGAGCUAGAAUUAGUGCGUUGUGGGGGAACCGAGAAUCUCAUGCCGUCGCAUGAACUAAGUUUCAACCACUUAAAGAUCCUCAUUAUCAAAGAAUGUGGUGAAAUGGAACAUUUUGUAAGUGUGGAAGAAGGAGCAGAGCCUCCACGAAAUGUAUUCAAGCAUUUGAAUAAGUUGUCACUAGAUGAGUUAAUGAAUCUAAAGAUGUUCUGCCAGGGCCCACUUCCAGCCAGUUCCCUCCAAAACCUGAGAAAGCUUAACAUAUCCGGUUGUAAUAAAUUAAUCAAUAUCUUGCCAUCUGAUCUGCCGCAGAAUCUGGAGAAACUCAAAAUAAGUCGGUGUGAUGAGUUGGUGGAAGUCUUUCACUUCCAGGGGACCUCAAAAGAAGAUGCUCUGCUUUCAAAAUUAAGGAAACUCCAAUUGUAUAAUCUACCAGAACUGACAAGUAUUUGUAAGGGGGUUGUACCUCCUCUUGGUAGCCUCCACCAUUUAGAGGACCUAAGUGUUGAAGAUUGCAAGAGACUGAGAUAUCUCGUCUCACCUGCUCUGGCACAAAGACUUCAACAAUUAAAGCUGCUUCACAUUAAGGGGUGUGAGAAGAUGGAGAAAUUGAUAGGGGUAGAAGUAGAAGGGAGCACAACUGCAUCAUUAUCGUCAUCAUCAGGGUCAAGGCAAUCAGAACUGACGUGUCUCCCUCACUCACUUCCACAUGGAAGAAUGUUCCACAACCUUCAAGAAUUGAUCAUUUCUGAAUGUAAUGGCCUCCAUAAUCUCUUUUCGUUGAGUGUCGCCCAAGGUCUCUUGCAACUCAAUUUUCUCCGUGUCGACGGCUGCCGGAGAAUGAAAACAAUAAUAGCAAAGGAGGCAGACGAUGAAGUGGUGGAUCAAGGCAUGCUUCCAAGGUUAACGGUUUUAAUAUUACUGGGGUUAGAACAGCUAACAAGCUUCUACCAAGGAGUUGGCGUACUUUUCGAUUGGCCUUCCUUGGAAUAUCUUACAGUGAAGGAGUGUCAGAAUUGUCAAAAUUUCAAGAAGAUUCAAAUGGGACCUCACAGCGCUCCAAACCUAAAGGUAAUCUUUUCAACCAAAGAAUGGUUGGAGGAGGUGGAGUGGGAAGAUGAGAGCCUUAAAGCCCGCAUUCAACCCCUAUUAUCUACUUGUAGAAUGAGAGGUUUGCAAGCAGCUGGGCGGUUGUUCAUCUUUACAACAUGUGUUUCGGCUCCUCAAGAACUAGAAAGGUUCAGCACCUUGCUUAUUUCUUUGUUUUAUAUUUAUCUUUCCGAGUUCUAUAUCGUCAUGGUGCCAGACUUGUUAUCAUUUUCCCCAAAGACAGUGAAGAAGAAAAUCUAUGCUGUCACCCGUGGUUCAAUGAUUUUGCAUGGAAGUACCUCUAUUAUACCGUUUGCAAAACAAAUUCUACAAUUUCCCCCAGUUGGUGCAAAUAUAAUUUUUCUCCAAUGA